AUGAUCUUAGCUCUGCAUGAGGGGGCGGGGCGUCGCGCGGCCUCUGAAGCCUCCGACGAGGCGUUCGAGGGCGGCGGAAGGGUUCAGCGAGAGCUGCAGGCCUUGGGGCGGCGAAGCGAUGCUGCGACCGCGGCGGAGGCGCCGGCCGGCGUGGCUCCUGUUGCGGACGCUGCUGCUGCCGCAGCGCCCUCUUCUUCUUCAGCGGUUGUUUCUGCGGAGCCUCAUGCCCGCCAUCGAGAAGACGAUCGCGGCAAAGUGCCGCUCAGUCAGGCGCCCUCCAAGUCCGGGAAGAAGGCGGGCGGAGGAACUUGGUUCAACUUCCUCUUUGGUAAACUGCGCGGCGUCCACUACAGACAUCGAAACGCCAUUCAACUCGCGCAGUCCUUCGGAACACCCAACCAGCCUGGGAAACCGGGCCCAGUGAUUGGCGUCGUAGUGUGUAAGGGUCCGCGGAACGAGCUGCAGGGCUUGGUGGUGGCGACGCCGCGCGUUGUGGAGCGCUACCUGCUCGACGGCCGCCUGCAGCAGCGCGUGGCGCUCCCCGAGCCUCUCACGUGCUUCGUGGGCGGCAGAAUCGGCGGCGUCGGGCGCGUGUUGCUCUGUGGGACGCAGGGAGGACGCGUCUUCAUCCUCAAGGCAGAAACGUUUGAGCAGCUGCUCGAGCUCGACUGCAGACCCGCGUACGCCGCGGCAGGGAUCCCGAUCGGCGAGGAGGCGGCGGAUGCCUCUCGCGGCGGCUUAACGUUCUGCCGGGACUUGCGGUCGCGUGCAGGGGACGCCGCGGAGACUCGGCCAGAUCCAGCCGCGCGGCCGUCAGACGGCGAGAAACCGAGGGAAGGCGGCGAGGACCCUCUGCCGCACGCAGAGGCGCGGGGGGACGCCUCGUACUGGCCCUGUGCGCCGGAGGGCGUGGCCGCCGCGGAGCCUCUGGAGGCCGCGCACUUGGCGGAGGGCGAGGAAGACUUGUUCGCCCCUGCUGCUCGCGCAGCAGUUGAGAGCGGCGCGGCAGAGCAGGCGGAGGCGGCGGCAGGAGGCGAGGCGGCGCCGACGCCGGCGCCCGCCGCGUGCCUGGCGAUCUGUUCGCUCACCAUCAAGUCGACGUUUGCUGAGUUCGUGCACUUUGUGAUCGCGGGGAAUGCGCGCGGCCACGUUUUCAUCUGGCAGGUUCCUUCCACGAAACUCGUUCACUUCAUCACCUAUCCCGUCGAGCGCUUCGCCCCCGAGACGCCACUGCUGGCGUCGCACUUCCGCGACGUCGCCUACUCCUCUUCGGCGUCCUCGCUCUCGCCGCGCGACGACCGAGAGAUCGACCCGGAACGGGCCCCGGCGGGAGACAUCGCGCCGAGAGCCCGGCGCGAGCAGCCCCAGAGGGGUGACGGGCGGUGUGGCGGUGCGGAGGACGACGCGACGUCGAGGCGAGGGGCUGAAAGAGCUCUCGCGGGAGAGGAGAGUUGCUUCGAAGGCCCUGCUUUGCGGCCGGCAGGGGGGGACUUGGCAGGAGACGCGCCGUGGGCGGCGGAGAGGGAGCCGUUCCCCGGAGGCCCGCUGAUUCAGGCCGUCGGGUCGGUAGCAGAGAUAGAUGUUUCAGAUGACACAGAAGAAGAGGACGCCGUGACGCGCGGCGCGUUCGGCGAAGGCGGCAACCAGAAGGAGAAGCGCGAUAAGGACCGGAAGAAGGCGAAGAAGCACUCCAAAAUCUCCAAGUUGCUCCCCGCUACAGAAAAGUCUGGAGGCAGGGGCGGCGCCCCCGCCAGCGACUCGAGCCACGCAUCUCUUCCGGGGCGCGCCGAAAGGUCACGGCGCUCGGGUGAGGAGGACGCCGUUUCGCCUCCUUUGUCGCCCUCGCGGAAAGGCAAACACACGAAGAAGAGUCGCAGCGCGGCAAAGAGCAUCUUCAGCAACCUCGGCGUCGUCAAUACAGGCAAGAACACCUUGCACGCUGAAGACCGCGCGCCUCCUCCCUCUCUCUCCGCGUCGCAGUCGCGCCGCGACAGCCGGUGCAGCGAGGCGCCGAGUGUAUGUACACUCGGUGGCGCGGCCGCCGUGGACUUCGAAGACGCCCCCUUAGGCGGCGCCGCCCCAGGUGACGGGGACGCGAUUUUCAUGGUGGAAAGCCGCCCGGAGCCUGUGUUUCAGACCGAAGGCGAGCACGGGGCGCGCCCGCGGCGCGCCCCCGGCGGGGGAAGUUGCGAAGGCCGAGGAGAAAGAGGCGCAGGGGCAGAGGCCGCUGAGAAGGCCGGGGGAGGGGGUGGGGCUGCGUUGGAGAAGUAUGACACGCUCAACACAGACACUUCGGCGGCGAUGUUUUCUGCGGUGGAAGAUGCGGAGUUUCAGAGUUUUCCUCUCGACGCCGCCUCCAACGCCCCGCGCGCGAGACGCGAAGAAGACAUCGGCAGCGAGGCUCCGGAGGACGCCACGCCGAAAUUUGCUGCGUCGUCGUGGACGGCUGAUGCCGCGGCGAGGCGCGACGGCGCUCUGUUUCUGGGGAGCGCUCGUCGUCUUCGCGCUGGCGUCGCCGGAGGGGAGAGAGAGAACGGCUCGGGAGAGGCGGCGGGCGCAGUCGAGAAGGGCAAGCGAGACGAUCGCUCUGCUGGCCGGUCUGCGAAACUCCACGAAUUCCACCAGACGGGGCCCUCGCUCGCCGCUUCCAGCGAUGAGGAAGCGAUGGAGGACGUGUCGCUGGCGGACUCUGUGAGUCUGCGCAGAGGAGAGAGCGACUCGGAGGUCUCUUCGCGGCUUCCCAGCGCACCUGUGCGCUCGCGCGAGAUCACCAGCAUCGAGCCAUGCGGCGCAGCGGAGGGGGGAGAAGGCCUGCCUGCGGCCUCCGAGGAGAACGGCGAGACGGUUUCAGCGCCUCGCGGGAGGAAGGACGGAAACGGGGAAGCAGGAGGAAGCGACGCGGGCGCUGGUCGGCUGGGCGGCUGCGCGCAGGGGGAGGAAAACAAAGAAGAAGAGGCAGCGCCGGCGGAGGCAGCAGAACAGCGAGGAGAGAGAGAGGGCAGCGAAGCGUCGAGCUUUGCGGCGCGCGUGAACGGUGUAGGAGAGGGAGAAGGACCGGGAGAUGAAGUCCAAGCAACGAAACUCGCCGAAGACGACACGAACUGGCUGGAUGACGAAAGCGACACAGAGAGCUCUGAUGAGGCGAGUCGCGGGACCAGGGAGGAAGCAGACGCGCCGCUUCCUCGCACCCGUCGUUCGGGGUCUUCGCUUCUCCACGAGUCGGGUCGCUGGCGGCGCUGCCAGGAGGCCGAGACAGUCGCAGGCGCUCCAUCAGCGUCUCGCGCGUCGCAGUCGCCGUCGCGGUCACGCUCCACUUCUCGUGAGCGCCGCCAUGAGUGCGCGCAUGCGAUGGGCGCCUUCGGACAGGAGGAAGAAGCGACCCCCGACGGCGAAGCGCCCUCGAGUCGCCGGCGCUCGCAGGCGGAUCCGGCGGCCUUCCCCGACGACGCGUGGCCUCCAGAGUUCGGAUAUGCGGCGGCGCGGGGCUUGAGCAGAGAGGACGACUCGCCUCGGAGACAAGAGCCGGGCGCCUCGUGCGAGGGAGACGAACAAAAAUACGUUGGUGGACUGCUCACAGUUGCGGCGUUUGAUCAACUCUGGAUCGGCUACGGCGACGGCGCCGUCGCGGUCUUCGCGCUCAACGACUACGAACUCCUCCAGUACUCCAAGCUCGCCUCUCCGAAUAUUAGCCGAAUGGAGUUCUCGAAAUACGCAGAGGUCGUUCUUAUCCUGAGCGGCAAUCAGCUCGUUACAGUAUGGAGUGCACGUACACUCCAGUGCAUCAGCCAGAUCCCAACAUGGAAUCUGACGUGCGGCAUGCCGCUGGCUUACCUGUAUGUGCUCGAGGCUCCUGAGGCCUGGGAGUCGAAGGUGACGAUUAUUCUCGCGGGCUGCAUGGACGGCUCGAUCAGCGUGCGGCGUCUUGAAACGGCGCGUGAGGGCGACGGCAUGCAGUUCGUCCUCAUUCGAAACUACGUCCGAGAGGUGGAGCCUCAGGUGCCGAUUAGCGCGAUUUGCAUCGAUUCGUGGCUCAACGCCGCUUUCGUGGGAGACGCGAGCGGCGUCGUGUUCACGUUACCUUACGUAUUUCAGUUACUCGAUCCGAACUUAGUUCCGUCUGCGGCUCUCUUGCCGCCGGAGGAAGCAAGACCUUCCUCGCAGGGCUCCUCGCGCGCUUCGCAUGAGUCCGCCACCGAGCAGCGCGCGUCUUUGUCGUGA